AUGGAUGAUUUACAACAUCCUCUCGUCGUAUCCACACCACCUUUGCGCGGACCCGUGGAUUCACCCGCGCCCAUUGAUGCAGCUGAAGCAGCUUCAAAUUUGAAGGCUCACAGAGGCAGUAUGUCACUAGCCACGACUCAGUUCGAACAACAAGCUCCUAUUGAUAGUCGAUUAUUACGUGGACGAUCGAAAUCAUUAGCUGUGGGCGCUCAAGCAUGGAAUCCUCGACUUCCUAUGGAUUACUUUUCACCUAGUCUAAAUAGUCAUAGCAGCCAUGUAAAUACUGGUGUACCUUACAAAGCGAGAUCUUGGGAGCCCACACUAGAAAGGGCGAUUAGGGCCAUCGUGUCUAUAAAAGCAAGUCAUGUCAGAAGUUUUGAUACAGAAACAUCAGGUGGUUAUACAGCUACGGGCUUCAUUGUAGAUGCUGCUCGAGGCAUCAUCUUGACAAACCGUCAUGUCGUUUCACCCGCUCCCAUUGUCGCUCAAGCUGUUUUGACAAAUUAUGAAGAAGUUGAUUUGAAACCAGUGUACAGAGAUCCAGUUCAUGAUUUCGGUUUUAUGCAGUUCGAUCCCAGUAAAGUUAAAUUUAUGGAAUUGGAAGAAAUAAGCCUUAGUCCAGAGAGGGCAAAAGUUGGUUUGGAUAUUCGGGUUGUUGGCAAUGACGCCGGUGAAAAAUUGAGCAUUUUAGCUGGUACGCUGGCCCGAUUGGAUAGAAGAGCACCCGAAUAUGGUAUUGGCGAAUACAAUGACUUCAACACUUUCUAUCUUCAAGCCGCCUCUGGUACUAGUGGAGGUUCAUCUGGUAGUCCUGUUCUUGAUAUUGACGGCCACGCCGUAGCUCUCAAUGCCGGUGGUGCCAGUCGCGCUUCUUCCUCCUAUUAUUUGCCGCUUGACCGUGUUGUGCGUGCUUUGGGUUUUAUCCAGCAAGGAAAAACGGUUCCUCGUGGUACUUUGCAAACAGAAUUCGAAUAUUUACCUUACAACGAAGUUCGUCGUCUUGGUUUAAAAGCUCAUAUUGAAGAAAAGGUACGCCAUAAAUUUCCUGAAGAAACAGGUAUGCUGGUUGUCCGUUCUUUACUACCUAAGGGCCCAGCCGAUGGUGUUCUCGUACCAGGCGAUAUUAUCAUUGGCUGCAAUGGCAAAAUGGUUCCUCACUUCAUUGCUCUGUUCGGAAUUUUGGAUGAUAAAGUCGGGAAGGAAGUAUCGCUUACCAUCAGUCGUGGUAAAAAAGUGCAGGAAGUUAAAGUAACCGUACAAGAUCUACACUCCAUCACGCCUGAUCGUUUUGUGGAAAUCGGAGGCGGUAUUGUUCAUGAAUUAUCCUAUCAGUUAGCAAAAUCCUACUCACAACCUACUGGAGGAGUAUAUGUAGCGACAUCGGGUCAUAUGUUGGCUAGCGCCAGUGCUUGGAGAAAGAGCAUCAUUGUUAGUGUGAACAAUGUCCCGACACCCAAUUUGGAUGCAUUCGUGGAAGCUAUGAAGCGUCUGCCAGAUGGUGCUCGUGUUCCUAUCAGAUUUUACGCACUACACAAGGCCUACAAAGAUAAAGUCAUGAUUAUGCAUGUUGACCGACACUGGCAUAAAUUCAGAAUGGCUGUCCGCAAUGAUAUGACCGGCUUGUGGGACUUUACAGAAUUGGCUCCACCACCCUCUACCAUCCCUUACACUCCUUCAACAGCCACUUUCCCUCCAUUAGACCCAUCUAUGUCGCUCGCUCAGAAGCUUAUGCCCUCUUUCGUUGCCAUUGACUUUUAUUUGCCUUACUUGGUAGAUGGUAUGAAAGCCACUCAAUUUUAUGGUACUGGCUUCAUAGUUUCUACCAACCCCCCGCUCAUUGUAUGUGAUCGUGAUACCGUUCCUAUUGGUCUCGGUGAUAUUUUUAUAACAUUUGCCAACUCUAUCAUCAUUCCCGGUCGUCUCCUUUUCUUACAUCCCUUCUACAAUUACGUCCUGUUAACUUAUGACCCUAAACUCAUUGGCGACACACCUGUCAAACCUAUUGAAUUUAUUGAGACAGAAUUGAACCAAGGUGAUGAAGUUCAUUUUGUUGGUAUGGGUACUGACCACUCUGUCAUUAUGAAAAAGACGACAGUUUCAUCCGUUUCCAACAUCGGUACGCGUGAAUGCUCUCCUCCUCGUUGGCGUGCCAUGAACGUAGAAGGAAUCAAGAUUGAUGAAAGUAAUUCUCAAGGCGGUCUCAUUACAAACGAAGAAGGUCAAGUGCAAGCAUUAUGGAUUAGCUAUUCCUCACAAAAUGAAAAGGGCAAAGACAUUUCAUUUAUGUCUGGUCUCAUGUCAUCGUUGAUUAAACCCACUAUUGACCAAUUUUUGGAAAGCGGUGACAAAAUUACUUUUAAGGGUUUGGACGUAGAAUUAUGGACUAUGCGAAUUGCGGCUGCUCGUACGUUAGGAUUAGGCGAUAAGUGGGUUAAAAAGAUUGAAGAAAGCGGUUCGACACGACAUACAUUGCUUUAUGUAUUGAAUAUUUUGGAUGAGCGCAGCCCUUGUGCCAAGGUUCUCCAUGUAGGUGAUGUCAUUUUGAGCGUCAAUGAUAGACUUGUCACUCGUAUGAGUCAUAUGAUGUUUGUCCAUCAAGAAGAUACAGUAGAUAUGGUCAUCUUACGUGAUGGGAAGGAACUGAAUGUGACAGUACCGAUGAGCAAGUUUAGCGGCUAUGAAACAACACGUGUCCUUGGUUGGCAAGGUGCUCUUAUUCAACGGCCUUAUAAAUCAGUUUUGGAACAAGUGCGUAAUGUUCCUGCUGGAGUUUAUGUUUCCUGUACACUUUAUGGUUCACCUGCUUCUAAUGUGCUUCGACCUGGUGUUUGGAUUGUAGAGGUACAAGGAAAACCUGUAAAGGAUUUGGAUCAAUUUUUGGAAGUUGUACAUGACCAUGCGAAAGAAUUAAGACAGCGUCGUCGAUCAAGUUACAUACCUCCUGUUCAACGAUCUCUUGAAGAGAAGGAAAGACAGGAGAAGGAACAAAGAGAUGAAGAUGCUUUGAUACCGGAUAAUGCUUCAACAGUAGAAGAUGAAGAUGACACGAACGACGAAGGAUAUAUUCGAAUCAAAACUGUGAGCAGAAAUGAGACUGUUCGUGUUGUGGCUCUCAAAUUAGACCUGCAUUAUUGGGAUUCAUGGCAACUGAUCCAUGAUCCAUCUACUCUCUCAGGCUGGAUCUCGAAAAGUGCUUAGAACAAUUAAUGUAUACAACUUCUGCCCUUAUGUAAACUGAUAUUAUUACAAUUGUACAGAGUUUCCAAUUUACUAUAAAUCGAAUAUAUUUUUUUUUCCAAUUAUGUAUCUAUUUUUUAAAAAGACUCCUUAAACAUGUUGAGGGCUUCUUUAUAUACAUUUGUGUAUUUGGCAAGCUUGAAAUCAGCAAAACUCGUUCACUGUCAUUUUUGAGAGACGCACUUCAAUUGCAAAACGCAUCUAAUUCCUUUUAUCUCCUUCCGCAAUGUACAGUGGAUUUGGCU